AUGUAUUCCCUUCCCAUUCCCGCCUUCUACCUCGCAUUCGGUAUAUGCUCUCUGGCCGCCCCAGUCCAUGAUGCCUCCUUCACACCCGACUACAUCCUCCACAUCACCGCCCAAAACAUCGGCAUAGGUGGCAUCCAGCGCUACACCACCGUCGUGAACGGGACAGUCCCCGGUCCCGAACUCCGCCUAACCUCCGGCGAAACGGUCUGGAUCCGCGUAUACAAUGACAUCCCAGACCGAAACACUACGAUACACUGGCACGGCCUCGCCCAAGCAGUAUCCCCCUGGGCUGACGGCACGCCCAUGGUCAGCCAAUGGCCCAUCCCACCACACCACUUCUUCGACUACCGACUCGUUAUCCCAAACGAUACAUUCGGCACGUAUUUCUACCAUUCGCACGUCGGCUUCCAGUCUUCCACCGCUUCCGGUGCUUUAAUCAUCGAAGACCCCGGAAUCCCACCAUACGCCUACAACGACGAGCGCACACUCAUGUUCCAAGAGCUAUUCAACUACACCGACGACCAAGUCGAGACACGCAUCACCGCGGACCCACUCGUAUGGUUCGGCGAGACAAACGGCUUUCUGGUGAACGGGGAUACGAUUUCGGAUUAUGGCGUUGUGGAUAAUGCGACGGCGAGGCUGAAUACGAUCGAGGUGGAGCCGGGGAAAAUGUAUAGGCUAAGGCUCGUGGGAGCGACGACGCUUUCAUACGCCUCUUUCGCAUUCGAAGGCCAUGGCGGGCUCGAGAUCAUCGAGGCGGACGGGAGCUAUACGACGCCAGUCUCGGUGGACGUGAUGCAGCUAGGCGGCGGUGAACGCUACAGCGUCCUACUGCACACUAAGACCUGCGACGAACUCAGAGAGAGCGGCAAACUCGACUUCUACAUGCAGCUCGAAAGCCGAACUAGAACGUAUGUCGUUACCAAUUACGCGCUCCUACGCUACCACAAUAGCUGUGGCUUCCCUGAAAACGCCACUCAUCGCUUGUCCACGACAUCCUAUCCUGCCGAGAAGCCUCUGGAUCUCCCGCCCGUAAUAAAUGACUUCCUAAACCACAAGCUCGAGCCCCUCUUUCCAAACGACUGCCCCACCGCGGACGAAGUAAACCGCCGCGUGAUCCUCAACGCCCAGCAGACCGAGAACGGGUACUAUAUCUGGCACGACUCAAACGUCUCCUGGAGCGAGACACCGGUCGGUUCACAGCCCUAUACCACACCAACGACGCCGUACCUCGUUGCGCUGUACAACGAUCAGGAAGCUUACCUUCCAGACUACGACGCAGCUAUUGCGAGCGGGGGCGUGGACCCCAAGACGAAGACAUUUCCCGCGAAGAUUGGGGAAGUUCUAGAAAUAGUUAUUCAGAAUAUCGGCUCAAUAAGCGUGCACAAUCAAACGCCUGGCGCUCUCGAAGCACAUCCCUGGCACGCACACGGUGGGCACUUUUACGACUUAGGCAGCGGUGCGGGCGCGUGGUCCGCAGACGUCAUGGAGGCUGGGCUGAUUGGUAAGAACCCCGUUCGGCGCGACACCACGAUGUUAUUCCGGUACAACGAGACGACCCAGCCCAACGAGAAGAGCGGAUGGCGCGUGUGGAGGCUGAGAGUGGAGAAUGCGGGGGUCUGGAUGGUGCAUUGCCACUGGCUGCAGCAUAUGAUUCAAGGCAUGCAGACGGUGUGGGUUUUCGGGGAUGCGGAGCAUGUGCUUAGGGUUGGUAGGCCGGAGGUGGAGGGGUAUUUGGCGUACGGGAGAGACGUCGUUGGGCGGAGGUCAUAG